AUGACCUAACACUCCUACUCGGUCUCUGCUGGACACAUUCACAAAUUACUAUGCAGUGGUGUUUCCUCAAACACUGAUUGUGCCAACUAGUUCUUUGAGCAAACUUUCACUAAGAAUGGCCUCCAAUGCAACUCUUCUCAUGCAGCCCCACUCAGACAUCUCAACCCACCAUGGGAAAACUACAGUGGACAUUGAUGCCAUUAUGGAUAAUGUUACCAUUGUCCUCUACACCGUUACCAUUAUCUUCGGCAUCACCGGGAACUCUUUGGUCAUCUGGAUAGCUGGCAGGCGUCUGAAGCCCAAUGUGACUAACAUAUGGCUGGUCAAUCUCGCCAUAGCGGACCUGAUCUUCUGCCUUACCCGUAUAACUUCGCUCCUCAAAAAGCUUUUCUAUAACUACUGGCCUUUUGGACUCUUUCUCUGCAAGUUCAAUGGUUUCUUCAAGUACGCCAACAUGUUCUGCAGUGUUUUUCUUCUGGCCGUCAUCAGUGUGGAUCGAGCACUCUGUAUCUGGCGUCCAGUGUUCACCAGAGAACGACGGACGUUAUGUGCUGCUCGUGUGGUCAGUGUGGGAGUUUGGAUUUUGGCGGUGAUCUUUAGUUCACCGUACUUUGUUUACCGGCAGGUCUACCUUGGUGACAACAACUUGAGCAAGUGCUCACUGGAGGUGAAAGAAGCAUCAAAGGGUGACAAUUCAGCAAAGAACGCCUUGUACAGCAUUCGCUUCUUAUGUGGAUUCCUGUUGCCCUUCCUGGUCAUCCUGUGCUGCUACGUUAUAGCUGGCAUUGGGAUACGCAGAACAAGGUUUUCUGGAAAAUCGAGGCCUCUCCGGAUUCUCGCUGGACUGGUCUGUGCUUUUUUCUUAUGUUGGGGCCCCUACCACUGCCUACUGCUCGCCAAGAUGGUGGACAAGAAGAGCCAUGCUGUUAAAGUGGGCCUACCUAUUGCUAAGGGCUUUGCAUAUUUCAACAGCUGCAUAAACCCGGUGCUGUACUUCUGCAUGGGACUGGAUGUCAGGCGACGCUUCAGACAAAGCAUAUCAGGGAUUUAUCGCAGAGCACUUAUGGAAGAAGGCCACACUAUGCAGUCCCAGGAAGGCACUGCAGAAGAAAGCUGUAAUUCUAUUCCAAAGACUGCAGGGAUCAUUCGAGACAGACCUGAGGGCAUGACUAAAGUUUAAAAGAGUUUCAUUGUAAUGUCAUUUUUGCUUUUUAGCAGUACCGGUCAGUGGGGAAAUAUUACGGGGAGGCCGAUAUGUAAACACUGAUUAAAUCCAAAUGUGAAAAAUCUUCUUUUUUUUUUUUUGCUGACAAUUAUGCUACCAGACUGUUUUUA